CUGCUGUCCGCCCACGCUGAUGCCCAACUCUCCGAAGCUGGCUGACCGCUUGCACAAAUCACAUCUUCCCCGAUCUCCAGGUGCUCGACGUUUCUCCCCAAAUCCCGUGUCGUGAGAGUGACUUUGUACAUCGCGGACUGCCGAAACCCAGUGCAUCGCAAAAAAGGCGCAGAAACCAAUAUCAAUUCAGGCGACAUCCGAAUAGUACAGAAUUCCUGUCGCGCGCGUGAACGGGGACCCAGAACGCAUUGCGGACCGGCAUUCGACAGGAACAAGGACACGCCAUGGAUCCGAACUCGUCCUCGUCGCAGCACGGCCAGCAUGGCCAGCACGGCCAGCACAGCCAGCAGACCCGGCAGAUGCCCGUUUACGACCUCAGCCUGGGCGGUCACUACGGAGCCAGCGCAGCGAUCUCUGCGCAAGGCUUCGCGCCGUCCGAGCUGUACACAGGAACAUGGGCAAAUGUGCACCAAGGCCUGACGGGCCACUACAAGGACGUCCUUACGGCGUACUGGCAGCACACCAUCAACCACCUCGAGAGUGAUACGCACGACUACAAAAUGCACCAAUUGCCGCUCGCGCGGAUCAAGAAGGUCAUGAAGGCAGACCCCGAGGUCAAGAUGAUCUCUGCAGAGGCCCCAAUCCUGUUCGCCAAGGGCUGCGACAUCUUCAUCACCGAGCUCACCAUGCGGGCCUGGAUCCAUGCCGAGGAGAAUAAGCGACGCACUCUCCAGCGGAGCGACAUCGCCUCGGCGCUGGCCAAGUCGGACAUGUUUGACUUCCUUAUCGACAUCGUGCCGCGCGAGGAAGCUUCCUCCCACGCCAAGCGGACGAGCAACCAAGCAGCGGCCGCCGCGCAAAACGCUGCCCCGCAGCCGCAGAUCCCUGGGGUCGGGGCCCCGAACCACACCGGGCAGCAUCCCAUGGCUGCACCGGACUACACCCUUGGAGGCCACAACAUGGGCCCCCAAGCCGAUUACCGACAGCCCCAAACGAUGUAUCCCGGUGAAGUACAGACGGGAGCGCCCACGUAUGGUCAGCCUCAAGCCCAGAUGUACAACGUGGAUGACAUGUACACGUACGGGACGAUGCCUCCUCAGCAGGGAGCCUAGGGGGCAGAUCAGCUGGGAAAUCAACCCGCGGCGGGCAUGAGGGCCGAGGGCCAGGCGGCUCUGAAGCCUCAGUCUCAGGCUGGACACGAGUCCGCCACAAGACCCUCAGAUCACACAGGGGUCAGGUCGGCAAUCGAGCCCGAACCAGUCCAAGCAAAACGUGAACCCAAAACCUUCCCUUACUAACAACCCCGAGCUCAUCCGGGGCAAUGAUAUGGCGACAUCAGGACUGUCUCGUCCGGAUAUCACGGGGUCCGUCCGGACCUUCGGAUAUGGUCGGAACCCCCCUUCUGCGAACCUCCCGAACUCUUCUGUGAGUGUCUCGGGCUCCUCUGAGCCCUCGAACGGCAUGGAGAACGUCUGCUUCCAACGCUAAGGACCUGUCUGGACUGGUGCGGAACCACCCAGUCGAAUCGCAAACAGCCAAACCGCACACCCGAACUAUGUGACGGCGCGCGCCGUGGUUACAUUCCGUGGCACUUGGAGUCUGGGCAGGGCAGAAUGCGGGGCUGGUGGGAUUCUACAUAAGUGUUCUGCGGGGAGUGCACUAACAACAAAGAGAAGGGGGGGGGGGGGGG